AUGGAGGGAGAAGAUGUGCAUGGACUAGUUAUUGACAAUGGCUCAGGAUUCAUUAAAGCUGGCUUUGCAGGUGAUGAUGCUCCUCGCUCAAUAUUUCCUUGUGUAACUGGAAGACCCCGAAAUAAUCAAAUAGGAAAUGACCAAAAGGAUUUAUACGUAGGAGAUGAGGCAAGGUCAAAAUAUGACAUGCUGAGUUUGAAGCACCCAAUUGAACGAGGGAUUAUCGUGGAUUGGGACGAAAUGGAAAAGAUUUGGAAUCAUACAUUUUUCAGUGGGCUAGGGGUAGCUCCAGAUAAUCAUCCUCUUCUCCUUACAGAAACACCGCUAAAUCCGAAGUACAGCAAAGAAAAAAUGACUCAAGUUAUGUUUGAGGCCUUUAACAUUCCAGCUUUUUACAUUGCAUCUCAGCCAGUUCUUUCCCUAUAUUCCAGUGGCAAGACAAUAGGUCUAGUUAUUGAUUCAGGAGAUGGAAUUACCACCACAGUGCCCAUUUAUGAAGGUUAUGCUUUGCCUUACUCAAUCAAGAGUUUACCAUUGGGAGGGAAAGAUAUGACUGAAUAUUUCAUUUCUUUGCUAAUUCACUCUAUAUAUUUAAAAUUUUUAAAAAAUCAAUAAUUUUUAAUAAUAACAAUAAGCAAAAAUGAAGUAAGUGCUAAAGGAUAUAAAUUUAAUACCUGUGCAGAAAGAGAAAUUGCAAGAGAUAUCAAAGAGCAAAUAUGCUAUGCCGCAAUGAGAUUCAAAGAUGAGCUAAAUGCAGCUGGAGCAAGCAUAGAAAAAAACUAUGAUUUGCCUGACGGAAGAUCUUUAAUAAUCAGGGAAGAACGAUUUAAAUGCCCAGAAGCAAUGUUUGACCCUUCGCUAAUGAAUAUUGAUGAAGAUGGAAUUCAUUUGAUUGCUAACAGAUCGAUAAUGAAGAGUGAUGUUGAAAUCAGAAAAGAACUUUACUCAAAUAUUUUGCUGAGUGGAGGAAAUACGCUAUUCUCAGGCAUGGCAGAACGUUUAAUUGUAGAAAUGACAUGCCUUGCUGGAAUAAGAAAUAAUGGUGACGUUGAUGGAAAUUGGAUUCCUAGGCGGCAUCUUCUAUUGGAGCGGUGGACUAGAGCGAUGGGUGGCAAAAGAUGAUCUUCAUGAGUGAAGUAGAGCAUAUCAAUGGGAAGCCUGCUGAAACAGGGUAUUUUAUUUCUCCUGCGAAGGUUUUACUGUUCCUGCCAGAUGAACUAGGCAGUUAUACCUGCCACAUGGCCAUUGUUACCAGACCAGUGGAUACUCUACAGAUGGUGGGUCUGCUCAGGAGAUUAAUGCCCUGGAUAGGUGAUUCCGUUGGAGAUUCAAGAUGGUAGCCUUCCAUUUUCCUCAUUUAAACUCCCAGGCGUAUGGAGGCUACGACUUUGGAGCCCGAGAUAGGGCAAAGGCAAGUGGGUUGCCAGUUUAACAUUUUAAUUUGCUGGAAUAUCGUCUAAGGUGAGAGUAACAGCACCUGCUGAAAGAUCUACUUCAGUCUGGAUUGGUGGCUCAAUUUUGGCUUCUUUGUCAACAUUCCAACAAAUGUGGAUAACCAAAGCUGAGUACGAAGAAGCGGGCCCUACAAUUGUACACAGAAAAUGCUUUUAA